CCGGACCCCGCUUCCGGUCCCAUCCGCGAGCUGCCCUCAGCCCGGAGCCCACCUAAGUGCUCCCCGCUAGCCUACCCUGAGGACGCCCUCAGGUCCCCGCCACCCCUGCCGCUGACUUGGCCUCUGGCCACCCUCAGCACCAACCCUGGGGACGCUCCCAGGCUGCCGCCGCCGGCCGCGCCUCGCUCCACCCCCACCCCCCACCCCCACCCGUUCGCCUUCGCGGUGGCGCCGUAAGCCAUGCCCACCGCGCUGCCAUGGCAGGUGCACCAGAACUACGACCCCGACUGCGAAGCCGCUGUCAACAGGCACAUCGACCUGGAGCUGCACGCCUCCGCCGUGUACCUGUCCAUGGCCUUCUACUGCGAGCGCGACGACGUGGCCUUGGAGCGCUUCGCCCAGUUCUUCCUGCGCCAGUCCGGUGGGGAGACGGAGCAGGCCGAGAGGCUGAUGCACCUGCAGAACCAGCGCGGGGGCCGCCUGCACCUCCGUGACGUAAGGAAGCCCGACAGCAACGACUGGGAGAGCGGCCUGAGGGCCGUGGAGGGCGCCUUGGUCCUGCAGAAGCGCGUGAACCAGAGCCUGCUAGAUCUGCCCCGCCUGGCCGCCGCCGAGGGAGGCGCGCACCUGUGUGAGUUCCUGCACCGUCACCACCUGCACCACCAGGUCAAGGCUGUCAGAGAGCUGGAGGACCAUCUCGCCAGCCUGCGCAGGAUGGAGGCCCCGGAAGCCAGCUCUGCAGAGAACCUCUUUGACAAGCUCACCCUGGGCGACAGCGACAAGAACUGAGGGGACUGCCUUCCCCAGAGCCACGGCCACUUUUCCCUGGUCACCACACCAGGCGGUCUUAUUGCAAGACUGCCCUUGCCGAGCAUUCACUUCAGUUUUUCCUUCCAGUAUUGCUAUUUCUCCCAGUAAAGUUAUUUGGUUCCUGAUAAAUAAAUAAAGGUCUCUGGUUGAU